ACGGCUGCAGAGACACAUACACGCGCACACUCGUGCGGAAGCAGAGGAGCGCCGAGUGAUACGGUUCCUAUAAAUCUGUGCUCUAGUCCACCUCCCAUUUAAGGCGACCUCCCCCCUCAUGCCUGUUCUCAGAUAAGAGAUGCUGCAGCUUACUUCGAUUGGGAGCUGCUAGAAAGAAGGAGGAAGAGAGAGGGAGGCUGUCUUUUGAGAAACCCUCCUUUCAUCCCUUCUUUCCUUUGUUCUUACCUUUUAUUUCUCCUCCCCUCCCCCUUUUUUGUUUAGUUGUGUUGUAACAGGAGACCAUUCAGUCUUGUCACGCUCCUUUUUUUAAGUUCCCCCCUUUCUUUUUUUAACCCCCCUCCCAAUUUCUUUUCGUGUUCUGGGAGUGGAAAAAAAGAAGCUUUGAUUUUAAAUAAAAUCCUCCAUUUUUAAAAAUCUUCUAUUUGCAACUGUCCGCAAUUUAGAUUUUGGGUGUUGUCUUGAGACCUACCCAUUUGCUUUUUUUUAUUGGGAGACCCUACGGUAUUACCUUUUUAAAAAACUGAAGCGAAAAAGCAGAACGUUCCAUACGCUCCAGUUACAAGUCUGAGCAGGAUAUUUGAGACUGACUUGCAUUUCUGUAUGUACCACUCACUUCCAAUCUUGAAUCUGCAAACAUAACCAAUUGAAAGACGGCAACUCCAAACUAACAUGGCAGUCAGACUGUGUGAUGUGGCUUCUCUGCUUAGAAGUGGUUCGUGGGCAGCAGAGCCUUGGACUGGGCAGGUAAUUGCUGCCAUGGAAACACAACUGUCUAAUGGGCCAACUUGCAAUAAUACAGCCAAUGGCCCUACUACCAUAAACAACAACUGCUCAUCACCAGUUGAUUCUGGGAACACAGAGGACAGCAAAACCAAUUUAAUAGUCAACUAUCUCCCUCAGAAUAUGACACAAGAAGAGCUCAAAAGUCUGUUUGGGAGCAUUGGCGAAAUAGAAUCCUGCAAACUUGUAAGGGACAAAAUCACAGGACAGAGUUUGGGAUAUGGAUUUGUGAACUACAUUGACCCUAAGGAUGCUGAAAAGGCAAUCAAUACUCUGAAUGGAUUGAGACUCCAAACCAAAACUAUAAAAGUUUCUUAUGCGCGGCCAAGUUCAGCUUCUAUUAGAGAUGCAAAUCUGUAUGUCAGCGGUCUCCCCAAAACUAUGACUCAGAAAGAGCUGGAACAGCUGUUUUCCCAGUAUGGACGUAUUAUUACUUCUCGCAUUCUGGUUGACCAAGUCACUGGAGUUUCAAGGGGUGUGGGUUUCAUCCGGUUUGACAAGCGGAUUGAAGCUGAAGAAGCCAUCAAGGGCUUGAAUGGGCAGAAACCUCCAGGGGCCACAGAGCCAAUCACCGUAAAGUUUGCCAACAAUCCAAGCCAAAAAACAAAUCAGGCCAUCCUUUCCCAGCUGUACCAGUCUCCAAACAGGAGAUACCCAGGACCUCUUGCUCAGCAGGCUCAACGUUUUAGGUUGGACAAUCUGCUCAAUAUGGCUUAUGGAGUAAAGAGUAGGUUUUCUCCAAUGACCAUUGAUGGAAUGACCAGUUUGGCUGGGAUCAAUAUCCCAGGACAUGCGGGAACCGGAUGGUGCAUUUUUGUGUACAAUUUAGCUCCUGAUGCAGAUGAGAGCAUCCUGUGGCAAAUGUUCGGACCCUUCGGAGCAGUGACCAAUGUGAAGGUUAUCCGCGACUUCAACACAAACAAGUGCAAAGGUUUUGGAUUUGUGACUAUGACAAACUAUGAUGAGGCUGCCAUGGCAAUAGCCAGCCUGAAUGGAUACCGCCUUGGAGACAGAGUCUUGCAGGUUUCCUUUAAAACAAACAAAACGCACAAAGCCUAAUGAGGUGUCCUCAGCCCAAUUUAUAUUUGAAAACUAUUCAACAAAGGCAAGUUAAAAGAAACUUUAUACAUUAGUAAAUGUCUUUGUAAGUCAGUGUUGAGAUGGGGGAAUAAAAGACUAGCAUCCUAAGAAAUAUUGCGAGAUUUUUUAUUGCUAGUAUUUGAAUUAAACUUCUUAAAUAUCUUAUGUUUGAAUAUGGACAAGAGGUACAGGGUUUUUACCUGUCACAAUGCAUUCUAUUGCCUUCUUUGAAGAAGGUGGACCUUUUAAAAUGUUUGAGCUAAGGGAAGAAAUUUCUUUUACACGACUGCCUUGAACCUGUGAGUAGAUAUUGAGGCUUUGUGUUAUAAUUCUUGAGUUAGUUAAUCUUAUGUUAUGUUUGAGUUACACUUUAAUGCCUUGCUGUUUAGUCUGUUCAAGAAGUGUUUUGAAGUUUACAUUUUUAUUUAUAAAGUUUAAAAAUAUUUAUUUUGUAAUUAUGAUUUGGGUUGGGGAAGGGGGGUGGUGCAUUAUAAAAGCCUAUUGUAAGAUUAAUGGAGAACUUUUCGUAAAGCUGUACCUUGCCAAAGAGAUAAGAGCCUCUUUGAUGUGGGUUUAAAAAAAAAACAAAGCAUCUAUUUUUAUAAAAAAGAGAAAAUUUGGAGAAACUUUUUACAGGUCCUGGAACAAAUAUUUUGACUUGAAUACUUUGAGAAAUCUCUUCAUAUGACACCUAGUGAGCUUUUAAAACUUACCAGGAAAUUUGCAGUGGUUGGGGGAAAACACUUUAGAGCGAUUUAUGAUGUAGAAAUUCUUUAAGAGAUCUUUGUUACUCAAGAAGUGGAAUCACUGGGAGAAAGCACUGCUGGUUUUGGUUUUGUAAUCGUUGGUGCAAUCUCUGAACAUCCUGGUUACUAUGUGAUAGGUGGCUCACAUUAAACUUGUGAUUUUGAAACAGAAGAAAAUUUAAAAGUAUAUAAGAGCAGGCAAGAAAUUUAAAUUAACUGAGAUGGGGGAAAAAUCUGUUCUUCCUAUAGAAUUCCCUUCAGAUAGAGCUCAUGGUGUUUAGUGAUGUACUUGCAGUAUUGUUUGAAGAAUUGUUUUGUCUUAAAGAAAAAAAAAGAUGUUUGCACAUGGUUUGCAUAGUAGCAGACCAGGAAGAAGCAGUCUUGCGUUGGAUAUAUUUGAAGGUAUUUUGAAAGUUAUGUUCAAGGCUAACACCUGAGCUUUGUGUAAUGUAAAUAAGAUCUUUUGUUGAUGAACCUCUUUUCAGCUAAUACUUCGAGUUUUCUUCUGGUUUUUGUUUUCUUUACUUAACAUGCCAAGUGAUGUUCAAAUGUUUUUGUAUUUUUUUUUCUUUGUAAAUGGCAUUAAGAUUGUUACUUGAGGUCUGCUUAUUCAUUUUUGUUGUCCUGGGGACUUGAAUUUACA